AGCUUGAAGAUUUGUUCCUAAAAACCCCAGCUUUCGUGAAUUUGGAUCACUUUAACAUCUAUUUUUCUUUGUUUUAAUUCAAGUUAUCCGAGACAAUAAAGAAAGGGGGGUGGGGGUAUCUCGUUUUCUCAUAGUAAAACAAUGGCUAAUCGAACGGGUGAUUUGGUGGAGGCAGUGCAGGAAGCUCACAAACUCGAUGCUAACGCCUUGCUUCGCUAUGCCCAAACUCAUGUUCCUGGGUUUCCUUUCUCCCCUUCAAAAUUCAAUCUCUCUCAGUUCGGACAUGGACAAUCGAAUCCUACGUAUUUGAUGGAAGUUGAAGAUGGAAGUGGAACUGUUAAACGCUACGUUUUGAGGAAGAAACCUCCCGGGAAGCUGCUUCAAUCUGCUCAUGCCGUUGACCGAGAAUUUCAGGUUCUCAAGGCCCUGGGGGAUCAUACGAAAGUUCCUGUUCCAAAGGUUUUCUGUUUGUGUGAUGAUCCGAACGUGAUCGGAACUGCAUUUUAUAUCAUGGAGUUCUUGGAAGGUCGGAUAUUUGUAGACCCAAGUCUUCCGGUAAGACCGACUGAUAGGAGGCAGGCAAUAUAUCUGGCGACUGCGAAAGUGUUGGCGUCAUUACAUUCUGCUAAUAUUGAUGCCAUUGGUUUGGGAAACUAUGGGCGUCGAGACAACUAUUGUAAAAGACAGAUAGAGAGAUGGUUUAAGCAAUACCUGGCUUCAACUCGUGAGGGAAAACCCGAGAGCAAUCCCAAGAUGUUUGAGCUGGUUGAUUGGUUGCGAAAGAAUAUUCCCCCAGAAGAUGCUUCAGGUGCAACGGGAGGCCUAGUUCAUGGAGAUUUCCGAAUUGAUAAUGUUGUAUUUCAUCCCACUGAGGAUCGAGUCAUCGGUAUUCUUGAUUGGGAACUGUCUACUAUUGGAAACCAGAUGUGCGAUGUCGCAUACAGCUGCAUGCCUUACAUUGCACAAGUCGGGCUUGAUACACCUGAACUGGUUAAAGGUUUUGAGAUCGUUGGAAUUCCUGAAGGGAUUCCUACACAGGCUGAGUUUCUGGCUGAAUACUGCAAUGAAUCUGGGAGAGCAUGGCCUGCUUCUCAGUGGAAGUUCUAUGUCGCCUUUUCCAUGUUCCGUGGAGCAUCGAUCUACACAGGAGUGUAUAAUAGAUGGUUAAUGGGUAAUGCCUCCGGAGGUAAACGUGCGGAACAUACAGGACGUCACGCUAAUAGUCUCAUAGAUUCUGCAUUGGCUUUUAUUGCAAAGAAGAAUGUGCUUCCGGAGUAUCCCCCCUCUGUUCCACAAGGUAGAAGGCAAUUCGAGACUGAGAACAAAGUCCAAAGCGUUCCAGAAGGAAGCGGGAGGUUUGUUCCAAGUAAGAAGGUCCAGGAAUUAAGAAACAAAUUGAUUCAAUUCAUGGAAGAUCACAUUUAUCCCAUGGAAGAGGAAUUCAGCAAACUUGCACGAUCUGACUUGCGUUGGACGGUGCAUCCAGAGGAGGAGAGGUUAAAAGAGCUUGCAAAGAAAGAAGGAUUGUGGAACUUAUGGAUUCCUUUUGACAGUGCUGCUAGGGCAAAGGAACUCAUUUAUAAUGGGAGUGUAAAUACUGACUACGCAAAUGAUCGUUUUCUUGGUGCUGGCCUCUCAAACCUUGAAUACGGAUAUCUCUGUGAGAUUAUGGGUCGCUCUCUUUGUGCUCCGCAGAUCUUUAAUUGCGGUGCACCAGACACUGGUAAUAUGGAGGUGUUGUUGCGGUAUGGAACUAAAGAACAGCUAAACGAAUGGCUUGUUCCUUUGCUUGAGGGGACAAUCCGCUCUGCAUUUGCAAUGACUGAACCACAAGUUGCAUCCUCAGAUGCAACCAAUAUCGAGUGCUCUAUUAAAAGAGAAGGAGAUUCGUAUGUCAUCAAUGGGACCAAGUGGUGGACGAGCGGCGCCAUGGAUCCAAGAUGCAGAAUUCUUAUACUCAUGGGGAAAACUGACUUCACCGCCCCCAAGCAUAAGCAGCAGUCCAUGAUCUUAGUAGACAUUAAGACUCCGGGGAUAACUGUAAAGAGGCCACUAACAGUCUUUGGCUUUGACGAUGCACCUCACGGGCAUGCAGAAGUUUCUUUUGAGAAUGUUCGUGUGCCAGCAAAGAAUAUUCUACUGGGAGAAGGUCGCGGAUUUGAGAUUGCCCAGGGAAGACUCGGCCCGGGAAGAUUGCACCACUGCAUGAGAAUGAUUGGUGCAGCUGAGCGUGGCAUGCAGUUAAUGGCACAAAGGGCUCUUCAUAGGAAAACUUUUGGAAAAUAUAUUGCUCAACACGGUUCAUUUAUUUCGGAUAUUGCAAAGUGUCGAAUAGAACUGGAGCAAGCUAGGUUAUUGGUUCUUGAAGCUGCCGACCAGCUCGAUCGACUUGGAAACAAGCACGCCCGUGGAACCAUUGCAAUGGCGAAGGUGGCAGCUCCGAACAUGGCGCUGAAGGUGCUGGACAUGGCAAUCCAAGUACACGGUGGAGCCGGGGUAUCGUCCGACACCGUUCUGGCACACAUGUGGGCGGCAGCAAGAACUUUGAGAAUUGCAGAUGGACCUGAUGAAGUGCACUUGGGUACGAUUGCCCAGUUAGAACUACGAAGAGCUAGGCUUUGAAGAAUCUUGAAAACCAAGAUCAUGGAGCAGAAUCUUUUCUUUUUUACCCUUUGGUUUC